UAUCGAUACAUAGAUUUCAUUUUCUAAAUUUUACAAAUUUGAUAAACGUCUUAGUUUAAACGAUUAUAAAAAUAUCCAAAAAUAUGGAAAAGGAUGCAUAUUAUUCUGAUCUAUUAGAUACUUUUAUCGAUGAGUUGGAGAUUAAAAAAAAAGAAAACGAAAUAAAAGAAGCAGCAAAGUCUCUAAAUGGAACUAAUAAAAUUGGUACAUUACUUAAAGCAAUUACUUUUAUUGAUUUAACUUCCUUGGGAGGCAAUGACACAAGUGCUACUAUUAAAAAUUUAUGCAAGAAAGCUUUAAAUCCUAUCAGUGAAGUGAAAUAUGAUUGGGAUGGACUACUACAUACAGCAGCUGUAUGUGUUUAUCCAUUAAGAAUACAAGAUGCUUUAUAUACAUUACAUAAUGUUGAAACAAAGCAUAACAUUUCUGUAGCUACCGUAGCCGCAGGCUUUCCCUCUGGUCAAUAUCCUCUACAAACACGUCUUGAAGAAAUCCAUUAUUCAGUGCAUACCGGAGCUAAUGAAAUAGACAUUGUAAUUAAUCGACCAUUGGCUUUGGAACAAAAAUGGAAACAACUAUAUUAUGAAUUAACAUCAAUGCGCAAAGCAUGUGAUUCCAAAUGCAUGAAAACAAUACUUGCUGCAGGAGAACUAUCUGAUUAUUAUAAUGUAUAUAAAGCAUCAAUGGUAGCUAUGAUGGCUGGAAGUGAUUUUAUUAAAACAUCUACUGGAAAGGAAACUAUUAAUGCCACGUUACCUUUUGGUAUAGUUAUGUGUAAAGCUAUAAAAGACUACUAUGCACAAACAGGAAGAAAGGUUGGAUUUAAACCAGCUGGUGGUAUUAAGACAGCAUUAGAUAUCUUAGAAUGGAUGACAUUAGUUAAUAAAGAAUUGGGUGACUCAUGGUUAGAUAAAAAAUUAUUUAGAAUUGGUGCAUCUAGUGUAUUGGACAGCAUUGCUAAUGAAAUUAAGAUGACAAAUAGUAAAUAAAAAAAUUUAUUUUAUAUUUAAUAUAUAUUCUGUCUCAAACAUA